UCCCUCGGACACAGCAGAUCACCGAUCAAUGGAAAGAGCCGAAGAUGUCGGCUUGGUCAUGUGAUCAGCUGUGUCAAAUCACAGCUGAACACAUGGGACAUUGAUGAUCAGUGUGCCCUGAUGAUCUGUGUAGCCCCAGCAGUGCUACCUGUCGGUGUCCAUCAGUGCCAGCUCUCAGUGCUCAUCCAUGCCACCUACCAGUGUCCAUCAGUGCCACAUUUCAGUGCCCAUAAGUGCCACAGCAAUGCCACAUAUCAGUGUCCAUCUGAGCUGCCUUUCAGUGCCCUACCCGUCAGUGUCAGUGCCACCUAUCAGUGCCAUAUGAGUGCUGCCUUUCAGUGCCCAUCAGUGAUGCCUGUCAAUGCCCAUCAGUGCCAGCUAUCAGUGUCCAUCAGUGCAGCCUAUCAGUGCCCAUCCGUGCAGCCUCAUUAGCGCACAUCAGUGAAGGAGAAAAAUCACUUAUUUACAAAAUUUUAUAA